AUGGUCCAGCACGAAUGUUUUACUUCCGAAAUCUCUGCAUUGAAGGCUAAUAAACAUGUGUCCAACCAAUCCAAAUUGCGAUUCCUCCAUCCCGAGUUGCACGAUGGACUAAUUCGUGUUGGUGGCCGGCUUCAAAAUGCAGAUAUCCACGUUAAUGCUAGGAACCCCCUCGUCUUGCCAUCAAGACAUCCGCUAACUCGCUUGAUCGCGGAAACAAUUCAUCGACAGCAAUUACACUGUGGUCCUCAACAGCUGUUAGUGACGAUGCAUCAACGUUUCUGGCCACUGCGCGGUCGAGACCUUGUACGUAGCGUGGUUCAUUCCUGUGUAACAUGUGUUAAGGCUCGACCACGUCAGCUUUCGCAACUUAUGGGAUCUUUGCCUGCCGUUCGAGUUACACAAUCUCACGCAUUCGAAAAUGUUGAGAUUGAUUUUGCAGGACCGUUCUAUCUUCGACGCUCAAGCCCUCGUGCCGCUCCGUCGAAAUCGUACGUGGCAGUUUUCGUCUGCAUGGCAACGAAAGCGGCGCAUUUGGAACUUGUCAGCGAGUUAACUACAGCAGCGUUCAUCGGAUGUUUUCGUCGAUUUAUUGCUAGACGUGGUCGACCAAAAAAUGUGUACUGUGACAAUGCAAAAAACUUUGUUGGUGCCGACCGUGAAAUACGACGUUUAUUUCUCUCGCAGCAGCAUCGACACGCCAUCAGUAGUGAAGCUUCUGCUCAACUAAUUCAGUUUCAUUUCAUCCCUGCUCGCUCACCAAACUUUGGCGGACUUUGGGAGGCCUGUGUCAAAUCGAUGAAACAGCAUCUUCGUCGUGUUAUCGGAACUGCAUGCCUAACCCAAGAAGCAUUCGUUACCGUUUUAACACAAGUUGAGAGUUGUUUGAACUCAAGGCCUGUUACGCCAAUCUCGACGGACCCAAAUGACAUGCAAGUGUUGACACCAGGUCAUUUUUUAAUUGGGCGAGCACUCAACGCAUUGCCAGAACCCGAUUACACGCUGAUACCAGAAAACCGGUUGCGAAUGUGGGAACGCAUCCAACGUUGCACACAACAUUUCUGGCAGAGAUGGCAUCAUGAGUACCUAACAUCCCUUCAAAAGCGAUACAAGUGGUCCAAAUUCACUCGUAAUCUUGCUAUUGGCUCAAUCGUACUACUACAGGAAGAGUCUCUCCCGGUGUUGAAAUGGUCGAUCGGAAGAGUUUUAGACGUACAUCCAGACGAAAGCGGAAUAGUUCGUGUUGCAUCGGUUCGGUUGCCUUCUGGAAUUGUUACCAGGAGGUCAAUUUCGAGACUUUGUUUGCUACCCAUUGAAGUUGAUCCAGCGCAACUGCCAGACACAGCAAAGAACUCAUCACAUAAUUCCACAGAGUCGACCUGA